UCAGUACAAGGAUCAGGUCAUGAUGGAGGAUCAGCAGCCCCUCACAUCACCAGUCAGAUCCAGUAAGAGAACAGCACCAGAGAGGUGUCCCCGUCCUCUUGAUGAACAGAAUAUGGAGGAUAAUACUACAGGGAAAGAUCUCAUUUAUAUUAAUGCUACAGACAUAAAGGAAGAAGAAGAGACAGAUGUGAGCAGUGAUGAACAGUAUAAGGAGGACAUUCCUGCAGGGAAAGAUCUCAUCCAUGUUAAUACUACAGACAUAAAGGAAGAAGAAGAAGAGACAGAUGUGAGCAGUGAUGAGCAGUAUAAGGGGGGCAUUUCUACAGAGAAAGAUCUGAUCUAUAUUAAUGCUACAGACAUAAAGGAAGAACAAGAGACAGAUGUGAGCAGUGAUGAGCAGUAUAAGGAGGACAUUCCUACAGGGAAAGAUCUGAUCUAUAUUAAUGCUACAGACAUAAAGGAAGAACAAGAGACAGAUGUGAGCAGUGAUGAGCAGUAUAAGGAGGACAUUCCUACAGGGAAAGAUCUGAUCUAUAUUAAUGCUACAGACAUAAAGGAAGAACAAGAGACAGAUGUGAGCAGUGAUGAGCAGUAUAAGGAGGACAUUCCUACAGGGAAAGAUCUGAUCUAUAUUAAUGCUACAGACAUAAAGGAAGAAGAGACAGAUGUAAGCAGUGAUGAGCAGUAUAAGGAGGACCUUUCUACAGGGAGAGAUCUGAUAUCUAUUAAUGCUACAAACAUAAAGAAAGAAGAGACAGAAGUGAGCGGUGAUGAGCAGUAUAAGGAGGACAUUUUUACAGGGAGAGAUCUGAUCUGUCUUAAUGCUACAGCCAUAAAGAAAGAAGAGACAGAUGUGAACAGUGAUGAGCAGUAUAAGGAGGACAUUUCUACAGGUAACCACCCAGAUUCUUGUAGCAGGAGAUCAGAGGAGAAUCUUAUAUCUUCAGAUUAUAAAGCAGAUGAUGAUAUCACACAAGAUACAUAUGAAGAACAUUCCAUUAUCCCAGAUACACCCUCAGCCCUUCACAGCCAAGAUCUCUCAUCUCAUCCUUAUAUACAGGUCCUGUCUUCUCAGUCAUCACAGGAUGUUCAGCAAAAUAAAAGCCGCAGAAGGAAUGAUGGACAUCAAAAAGCUAAUACAGGGGAAAAGCCAUUGUCAUGUUUAGCGUGUGGGAAAUGUUUUACUUAUAAAUCAAAACUUGUUAGACAUCAAGGAACUCACAGAGGAGAAAAGCCAUUUUCAUGUUCAGAAUGUGGAAAAUGGUUUACUGGGAAAUCAAGUCUUCUUCUACAUCAAAGAACUCACACAGGAGAGAAGCUAUUUUCAUGCUCAGAAUGUAGAAAAUGUUUUACUCAGCAAUCACAUCUUGUUGCACAUCAAAGAACUCACACAGGGGAGAAGCCAUUUUUAUGUUCAGAAUGUGGAAAAUGUUUUACUAAUAAAUCGCAACUUGUUAAUCAUCAAAGAACUCACACAGGAGAGAAGCCAUUUUCAUGUGCAGAGUGUGGGAAAUCUUUUACUGACAAAUCAAGUCUUGUUAAUCAUCAAAGAACUCACACAGGGGAGAAGCCAUUUUCAUGUGCAGAGUGUGGAAAAUGUUUUACUUAUAAAUCAGAACUUGUUAGACAUCAAAGAACUCACACAGGAGAGAAGCCAUUUUCAUGUUCAGAAUGUGGAAAAUGUUUUACUCAGCAAUCACAACUUGUUAAACAUCAAAUAACUCACACAGGAGAGAAGCCAUUUUCAUGUUCAGAAUGUAGAAAAUGUUUUACUCAGAAAUCACAUCUUGUUAAACAUCAAAGAACUCACACAGGGGAGAAGCCAUUUUCAUGUGCAGAGUGUGGGAAAUGUUUUACUGAGAAAUCAAUUCUUGUUAACCAUAAACUAACUCACACAGGGGAGAAACCAUAUUCAUGUUCAAAAUGUGGGAAAUGUUUUUCUCGAAAAUCAAGACUUGUUAAACAUGAAAAAACUCACACAGAGGAGAAGCCAUUUUAAUGUGCAGAGUGUGGGAUAUGUUUUACUGUGAAAUCUAAUCUUCUUAAACAUGAAGAACUCACACAGCAGCAUAUGGCUACUCAGGAGCCUGCACGUAAAAGGAGAGGGGGUCAGCCACAUUCCAGCCAACAGGUCUCUGAGUCCUCCUCCUCGGAAUCCGAGACUUCAGAGUCAUCAUCUGACUCAGAGGAUGCCAUCACUGAAGACAAUUAUUUGUUCAGGAAAGAACAGACAGAGAAGUUGAUCAAGGCAGUAAAAAACACUAUGAAGGUAAAGCAAGGCGAGUCUUCAACACAAGACAAGGACAGCCUGUUUUACUUCCCAAAGAAGAAAUACAGGACAUUUUCGGGCCAUCCAAUGCUUAAAACCAUCAUGGAGAGAGAAUGGGUAAAGCCAGAAAAAAGAGUUGACCUUGGAUCAAGGUUCAAAGCAGUCUACAAACUAGAUCCUGCGGAUUCAGAGCAGUGGGAAAGUCCUGGUAAAGUUGACGCCGCAGUGGAAAAACUCUCCAAAAAGACACUAUUACAGUCUGAAGAUUCCUCUGUUCUCAAAGAUUCUCUGGACAGGAGGAUGGAUGUCCUACUGAAAAAAGGAUAUCUGAAUUCAGCCGCACUGUGUAAGACAGCGCUUGCAACAGUUCCUGUAUCCAGAGCUCUGAGAUUGUGGCUUAGUCAGCUAGGUCGAGACAAUGAGCAGAGGGCGCCAAGGGAGGAACUAUAUCGGCAGGUUACUUCGCUAAAGACAGUUGCAGAGUUCCAAUGCAGCAAGAAGAGCAGUGUUGCUAAAGCCAUGUCCGAAGCACUUUCUGAAGGAGACCGUUCCAUAGCAGGGACAGAAGAUUCGGAAGAGGUCAGCAGACCAAAGGAAAGAAAAAACAGCUGGAGGGUUCUCAGUCCAAAACGGAUUUCUGAAGCCAGAGGUCAGAUCACGGUCGGCUCAAGACUUUUACGGUUCCUGCCUGCUUGGGAAGAUAUCACGACCGACAAAUGGGUCUUAAGUGAUGUCAGAGCAGGAUACAAGCUGAUUUUUCUUAAUCAUCCUCGGGCAAGGUUUGUGUUCAACUGUCCGGAAAAUCUGGUUAUUUUUCAGUUAAUCCGAGAAUUCCUUCAAAAAGAGGCUCUGGAAGAAGUUCCUCAAGAAGAGAGAGGUCAAGGCAUCUACUCACGGGUCUUUCCAGUUCCCAAGCCGCAAAACAAGUUUCGGCUGGUGAUCGACCUCAGAUUUUUCAACAAAUUUCUAAAGAAAGAAAAGUUCAAGAUAGAGACUAUAAGAUCUGCAAUCCAUCUUAUACAAAAAGGUUCUUUCAUGGCGUCCAUAGAUCUUAUGGAUGCUUAUCUGCACGUGCUGAUUCACCCUGCUUCAAGGAAAUAUCUCAGGGUGGCUAUCAAGAUGGAACAAGGGGUACAACACUAUCAAUUCCACUCUCUACCGUUUGGGGUGUCUUCGGCGCCCAGGGUGUUCACAAAAGUGGCCAUAGCAGUGGUGGUGGCUCUUCGUCUUCAAGGGAUACACCUGGUGCCCUACUUGGACGACUGGCUCCUGAUAGCAGAUUCUUCGGAGGAGUUGGAACAUCACCUACAGUCGACUGUACGGAUGCUACAGGAGGUUGGUUUCCUGGUCAAUUUAAAAAAAUCCGACUUGACACCAGCAACCCGGAAGAGAUUCCUGGGGUUUAUAAUAGACUCUCAGCAGCAGAAGUUGUUCCUGCCUCAAGACCGGAUGCUUAUCCUCACUUCACAGGUGGCUCAAAUCAUAGAAACUCCACAGGUGUCCAUUGGUGUUGGGAUGAGAACUCUGGAGCUCUUAACUGCGGCAAUAGAAGCAGUGCCCUGGGCCAAGGCUCAUAUGAGAGACCUACAGGAAGAAGUGUUGUCUGCAUGGGACAAGAGUCUCGAAUCCUUGUCUUCUCCCCUCAGGUUAUCACAGCAUACGAGGAACAGUCUCAAAUGGUUGCUGGUCAAGAAAAAUCUUCAGGAUGCAGCUUGA